GACAGGACAAAACAAGACGAGACGAGACGAGAAGCACUAUAAGACAGCCCUGUUCGGGGAGCCCCAAUCAAGCGUUGUUGUGGAAGCCACUGUAUUUCUCUCAGCCCAUGUCAACUUCAACCUAUCAAUCAACCUCCCUCACAUCACUAUCUGGACUCUUUGCUAAGCUCACCAUUGGAACUAUUCUAUCUUGUCGAAAGAUACAUCAGAGCUCGUUAUCUGGACAUAUCUUCAAACAUGCCUGAAGCCAACAUGAAACAUCUCACCGGAGUUUUCCGAGCAAUACACCACCACAAAGUCACGCGCAAUCGAAAGCCUGUCUCGUGCAUGGCGUGUCAGAAACGCAAGUCGAAAUGUGACCGUGGGAAGCCAACUUGCGGUGCCUGCCACAAGCGUGGCGAUCCAAGAUUGUGCGUAUAUGGAGAUGCAAAUGGAUUCGCAGACAAGCAAGAGAUGCAACUCAAAAUGGCUCAACUUGAGGAAAUCGUGAUGCGUCUGGCCAAGGCUUCAGAAGCUUCAAACGCCCUUCCCAGCAUUGCAAUGGCGGAGCAUAUGAACUUGCCCUCUCCGCAGGUAGUUGAAGAGGGGUUUGAUGCUGCAUACCACGGUGAAACGUCUUGGGAGGCCGUGUUCAAGAGCAUACAUGAUAUUCAGAGUGUUCUCAGUACACAAGAUGACCCCGAUCAUCACGGCGAGCCUGAGACUUUAUCCACCGCGCCAGACAUUGCAACGGGGGGGAUCUCUCCAAUCGCUAUGAGCGAGAUCAUUGACAGCGUCCCAUCUCGUCAAGAGGCCAAUGCUCUCGUGAAAUCGUACUUCCAGGCCAAGUUCCUCGCUGUACCCUUCAUUCACGAGCGUCAUUUUUGGCGGCGUUAUGAACUUUUCUGGACUUGCCCUCACAAUGCCAACUUCUUAUGGCUGAGUAUAAUGUUCUCUGUUCUCAGUCUCGGUACAAUGGUGUGCAAAAUCCAGCAGCCCCAUCUCGCGCUGCUUCAAGGGCCAGGUUUCUACAUACAGCGUUCUGCUCAAUGUCUGGUUACGGGAGAGUACCUCAAAGCUAGACCAUAUUCUGUCGAGGCACUCACCCUAUAUGCUCAUGCGGUCAACGCCAAGAGAAAGGACUCGGAGGCUACCACAUGGUCCCUCUAUUCACUCGCCGUUCGGCUUGCUCAGCGAAGAGGCUACCACCUCGACGCGGCGAGAGUGUCCCCGAAUAUUAAGCCAUUUGAGGCUGAGAUGAGAAGGCGGACGUGGUUUACUGUACAGACUUCAGAUUUGCUUUUCUCCUUUCAGCUCGGUAUGCCUCCAAUGGUAUACCAAGAAGUCUGCGACGCUGGACAUCCUCGAAAUUUAUCAGAUGAUGACUUUGACGAGGAUUCUGAAGUACCCGAGUCUCGCCCCCCAACAUAUCCCACUCCCAUGUUGGCAUGGCAGACAAAAUCUCAUCUCUGCCGUUUGCUACGCCGCGUUCUCCGGCAUGUUCUUCGAGUCGAGUCCCCGCCUUAUGAAGAAACCAUGGCUCUCCAAGCUGAGUUGGAAGUAUACCACAACAGUGUCCCCGAAUGUUUGCGCGUUCGCCCCAUCGCCGCCACUCCUUUUGAUAUCCCGGCCCAUACCAUCAUGCACAGGUUAAUUAUAGAAGUGUCAUAUCUCAAGACAAUUUGUGUCCUCCACCGGCCUUACCUUGCGGCCGAGAAGAAUCAGGAAAUGUACAAAGCAUCCCGUGAACUCUGUCGAACUGCCGCUCUUCGGAUUAUCGAGAUUCAUCUCGAGUUUGAGCAUGAGAUUCGAGAAGGAGGCCGCAUGUAUGAAGACCGCUUCUUGCUAUCGAGCCUGACUCUGCAUGAUUUUCUUGUCGCGUCUAUGAUUUUAUGUUUAGACCUUCACGAGUCCGCCGACAUAACGUACAUCCUCCACCUACCAUCUCCGAGCAUGACUACUAAUUGAAGCCGUAGACCACAAGACCGAAGACAACGCACGCAGAUACUGGAAGACACCUGCAAGACCUGGGAAACUCGAGCGAGCCACUCCAAAGACGCACGACACGGCGCAAAGGUCAUCAGAGCGAUUUUAAAUCGCAUCACGACACCAAGUACGACAUCUAAAGUGAAGACUAUAGGUAUGAUGAACAUCGCAGACUCCCACAGCGAGUCGACUUCAGGCAGUGAUAUCCCAGACUUUACAAUGGCAGAUUUCAAUUACCCCACCAAUUGUGAAGAAUUCUUCCCAUUGAACAGUUUCUUCGGCCCUAAUGAUGGCUUCGAAUGGUUUUCCAUCGGUCAAUCCUGAGGCUGCAUACACGGUCGCAUGCAGACACAAACACCGAUCAAUUACUAUGGCAACCGGCCAAGAACAAGAGCUGGGUCAGGACGCGGAAUUGUUGUCAUCGCGAAUGGCCCAGGAACAGGUCGCAUCUUGCAGCCAUCGUUGAACGAAGGUCUUAUUGCUACAUCAUGAUAGCUCACGCUGGUCACCUAAGUUAGUGAGUGCACCGAUUGGGAGCACAAGGUGCAUCAAAUAAGCCUUAAGAGGCAUUUUAAAUUGUAAAAUGCUUACUCCGCACAUUCAAUAACAUAGAUGGAUAUCAUUUUCCUGCAGGUCUCGACCCGCCUUGUUUAUCUCUCAUAAGUCGUAGCACAUGCAACACGAACCAGAAAAAGAAAAAUACAAACACAACCAUCCCGA